ACAGGUUAAAUAAGUUGAUUGCUGCAAUGAAUUAUCAAAAGAUAAAUGUAUCAAAUAGAGAGGUUGAUAUCUUGUAUAACAUACCACAUGAUACCUUUUCAAGAAGUGCACAACUAAGUCAUAAAGGUGCACUCAAUAGAGAUGUUCAUGUUUUAGAACAGAAAAAAUUAUUUAAAGAACCAAUAGACUUAUCUAAAACAAAGUUGGAAGAUUACAUGACGUUAGAUCAUAUGAAGAUUAUAAAACAAGCAUUUAAAAUUUCUGAUGAAGAUGAGAGAACGUUGUGCUUUGAAGAGUUUAAAAAUAUAUUUAUUCUAAAUCCUGAUAUAUAUCAAUCUAUUGAUGUGAAUGAUGUUGCAUGUUUGUUUGCAAAGAUUGAUUUUUCAUCAAGUGGAAGGAUCAGUUGGGAUAAUUUUUGCACAUAUAUGGAGUUAGAAUAUGCAAUUAAAGAUAAGUUUGGUUCCGUUUCUAAGGAAAUAUCAUUUAUACUACCUGCACUUAUAGAGAUUUCCCCACAUCGUCAUACAGUUCUCCGUAUUAUAAACACUUUGGAUAACACUAUAUUGAAUAUUGGACAAGAUGGACUUAUCUCAUUUUGGGAUUCAAGUCUUGUGUUUAAGAGAGCUAAGCAGAUAAAGCAACUUUCUGGAAAAAGGAAAUGGAUUACUGACUUUGUUCUUAUGCCACAAUACAACAAGUUUGUUCUAUCAACAGGCGAUAGAGAGAUUCAAUUCUAUGAGUUAUCAACAUUUGAAGAGUAUUCAAAAAUUAGGUCAUUAGAGUCUGUACCUCUGCAAUUAGAUUACUGUUUUUUAAAGAAUAAUGAAUGCAUAUUGACUUGUGGAGAUGAUGAGGGGUGUGUGAAUAUCUUCAUCAUAAGAAAUACAAGCGAGACACUAAGAUUGUGGAAAAAGAUGCCAAAAAUAGAUGGGUUUCCAAGCAUAAAUCUUUGUAGCUUGUCAGUUUCAAAGAAUGUGACAUUUAUAAGGUGGAAGGUUCAUAAUAAUUGGAUUCAAGAGGUAAAAUACUAUCCUUCAAUUCAAAGUAUUAUUUCAUGUUCCUCUGAUACUCAAUAUUCACUAGUUAUUGGGCAAGUUGUUGGUAGUACUAUUAAUUGUUCCAAAGGGUCAUCAGGCAUUUUACAAAAAGAUUCACUUAAAAAUCUCAGCUUAAAAAGGCGGUUUCCUUCUGAUGAGACAGUAUUCAAAGUACCAAAAGGUGUAAAGACAUUCUGCUUUUCCAAAGCAAACAAUAUUAUAGUAACAGGAGGUGUGGAUCGUUUAAUAAGAGUCUGGAAUCCUUAUGUACCAGCGAAACCAAUUGGUAUAUUGCGUGGUCAUGUGACUCCUAUAUAUUAUUUACACAUAUGUGAAAAUCUUAAUAAAAUGUUUAGUGUUUCAAAUGACAAAGUUGUUAAGGUAUGGGACAUAAUAGAUGAAGUUUGUCUUUUGACUGUUCAACAAAAAUCUCAUCUAAUUAAAGGUGAUUUGACAGGUACAUUUGGACAGUUAGAAGAUUGGAACAUAAACAGUUUAAAAAACUAUCCUCUUAUUGAAUUGCCGCUUACUGAUAGUGCUUCAACUAAGUCUGAAAAAGUUGUUUUAUCAAGUCAAAGUUUUCAAAUACUUAAUGACCAAAGCAAAGAAAUGAUUAAAGGUUGUCAAAAUCAUGUUGUAUCAACGAGUUUAGUUCCAGACCCCAAAGAAUAUUUAAAUUUUAGUUACAUUAAUCAAUUUGGGAAUAGGUUGCGUCGUCCAAAGGAUAAAGAUUUUGAAAAAAUUAAAACAACUCCAGCUGUUUACGUUGAAAGUGUAUCUGCGUAUAGUUCUUUAAAACUGCACGAGCUUGGUGAUAUUCAUUCAUUUUUGGUAUCCUAAAAUAAAUUUCAAUUGAGUAUUGGUAUAGUUCAUGUAUAUCUGGUUGUUCCGUAGAUGAGUAUGAUAAAUUCGACAGAUUGGAUAAAUCUCUAUAGAAAGGUGUUGACGUAUUUGUUUAGCUAUAAUGCGUGGUGUACCGUCUAUACUUGUUCUUAUCUUUGUAGCUAUAAUAAUAUAAAUUAAGCUAGAAAAUGGUAAUCUGACUCUGGUUUCUUAUUGAAUACAGUAUUUAGGUAUCACAGAUUCCAAAAUAUAUUUCUAUAAAGUUGAUGUAAAUUGUUAUAUGUAUUUUAUAAGUUUUAUUUUUUUA